AUGGAAGAAGGGGAUACAUACAAUGCAGUUAUCGGUGCAUUAGACAGCAUUUCCGUGGAAGACACCUCCAAGAAACCCGUCAAGCUUUCCAAGUCCCGAAUUCGCGAGAGAAAAAAGCAAGAGAAGAUAGAAAAGCGGCGUGAAUUGCGUCUGGCGGAGCAAAGGACGAUUUUGUUUGCUAGAUACCAGAGGGGAACCAUGAAACAGAACAAGAAGAGAGCAGAUCACGAUGCGCGGUUAGCCGUAGAGCAAGAGGAAACAGGGCUUUCUAGGUCUGAUAUUUGCAAGAAAAAACGGAGAGAGAAGAGGAAAAAGAAAAAAGCAUUGAUUGCGGCAGAACAACAUGCUAAGAGAGAAGCCACACAGAAAUUAGCAGACAUGGAAGCGCUGUUAGUAGAGAAAGAGGCAGAACUACUUGCAGUGCGAGAUGCAGCAUACAGGGAUGCAUUACUCGCAGCAGAGAAGAUUGCGUUUUUGGAAGAGAGAAUGGAUGAUCUGCUUGUACCAGUCGAGGACGUUAGCGCUGUCGGCUUUCAAGUAUAUCUUCUUGGCCGUGCUAUUCGUCAAUUUCCGGCUCUCUACCGUUUGCCUGGCACAUACUACCUCCUACGACUUCGCAUCCUGUUCAAGCCCAAAGAGGUCAAAGCAAAGAUUCUUGUCGACUGGGGCGAAGAUCUAUGUCCAAUUGGCGCAAACCCCUUCGAGCUCAUGAGCGUUCAUCGUAGCUGGACAAGUGUGGAUGACAUCUAUUACAAUGGAUACGUCAGAAAUUCUAGUUACGCGAAGGCCCUCGAUGCUGCCCGCUUGAAACUGGUUCUGAAAGCUUUUCCUGCUUUUGCAAGGAGCGGCGGGUGUAUGGCUCUGGGCUCUACUCACUUUCAUUUCAUUCGAAAAAUACCGUUUCUGAGGAGCUACGAGAUAAGACUCUCCAUCGAGGCAUGGGAUCAGACUCGAUGA